GGAGCGACGGCAUCACAUGCAUUACAGAGAGAGGAGGAGAGGAGGACAGUAUGUGAGAGGGACACUGUCCUUCUGUGCCGACAGUUAUAUAUUUAGGCGUGAGUUAACCCGGGAGUGUUUAGGAUAUUUAGCUAGCUAACGCUAGUGUAUGGGUCUUACUAUGCCGGUCAGUGUCGGGCUGUGAGGAGGACUUGUCCCUCGGUUAGCGACUUACUCCGGCUAACGUUACAUGGAAAGCUAGCACAAUAAAGCUAACUAUCGUUAGCUUCUGGCUUCACCUCACCACCCGGACCCGGCGAAGUGAAGAGCUGAGGAGGGGACCCGCAAGAGUUUUCUUGGAUAGCCCUUUCAGAAGAUACAAAGUCUAGCCGGACCAUAUUUCUACAGUUUUUUUUAAUCAUCGUUGCUGACAGAUCCUGAAGCAUGACGGUUGCUGGUGUUACUGCAGUCCCCACCAUGGUGCAGAAGUACCAGUCACCCGUGCGGGUGUACAAGCAUCCCUUUGAGCUGGUGAUGGCGGCCUAUGAGCGUCGGUUCCCCACCUGUCACCUUAUCCCCAUGUUUGUGGCGAGUGAUGUGGUGGAAGAGGAGACCAAUGAGGACGGUUCCACCACCAGGGUCGAGCGCCGCUGUGCCCUGGAUGUGGACGCCCCGCGCCUGCUCAAAAGGAUUGCGGGUGUGGACUAUGUGUACUUCAUCCAGAAAAACACGCUGAACCGAAAGGAGAGGACACUUCACAUCGAGUCACAUAAUGAGACCUUCUCCAACAGAGUCAUCAUCCAUGAGACCUGCUGCUAUUCGGUUCACCCCGAGAAUGAGGACUGGACGUGUUUUGAGCAGACCGCCAGCCUGGACAUCAAGUCCUUCUUUGGCUUUGAGAGCACUGUGGAAAAGAUUGCUAUGAAGCAGUAUGCCAGCAGUAUCAAAAAGGGAAAGGAAAUCAUAGAGUUCUACCUGAAGGAGCUUGAAGACGAAGGGAUCACCCAUAUCCCGCGCUGGACUCCCUCCUCCCUUCCCCUGCCUCUACCCAGACCAACCAGCCUCUUCACCAGCCCACCUGUCCUCCCAAAACUCGCAGUCACGCCCGCUGAUUCCAACCCGCUGCCCAGCGAUGCCACGGACAGCAGCUCUCAGGACGCCAAGCAGGACAGCAGCGCACUUCAGCCAGACAGCCUAUCGGAGAUCCUGGCUGGUACACCUGAAGAUAAGUUGGAUGCAGACUAUAUCAAACGUUACCUAGGCGACCUGACCCCCCUGCAGGAGAGCUGUCUGAUCAGACUUCGCAAAUGGCUGCAGGAGACGCACAAGGGAAAAAUCCCAAAGGACGAGCACAUACUGCGUUUCUUGCGUGCCAGGGACUUCAACAUGGACAAGGCGCGGGAGAUCCUUUGCCAGUCCCUGACCUGGAGGAAGCAGCACCAGGUGGACUACCUGCUAGAGACCUGGAGCUCUCCACAGGUCCUCCAGGAUUACUACACCGGGGGCUGGCACCACCAUGACAGAGAUGGUCGUCCUUUGUACGUCCUGAGGUUGGGCCAGAUGGACACCAAAGGACUAGUCCGAGCUCUCGGAGAGGAGUCUCUGCUCAGACAUGUGCUGUCUAUUAAUGAGGAGGGUCUGAGACGUUGUGAGGAGAACACCAAGGUGUUUGGUCGACCUAUCAGCUGUUGGACAUGUCUGGUGGAUCUGGAGGGGCUGAACAUGCGUCACCUGUGGCGACCGGGCGUCAAGGCGCUGCUGAGGAUCAUCGAGGUCGUGGAGGCCAACUACCCAGAGACUCUGGGACGGCUGCUUAUAUUGAGAGCUCCCAGGGUUUUCCCUGUCCUCUGGACAUUGGUGAGUCCAUUCAUUGAUGAGAACACCCGCAAGAAGUUCCUCAUCUACGCCGGCAAUGACUACCAGGGUCCUGGUGGGUUGGUGGACUACAUAGACAAGGAGAUCAUCCCUGACUUCCUGGCUGGAGAAUGUAUGUGCGAGGUACCAGAGGGCGGCCUUGUUCCCAAGUCAAUGUACCGCACAGCUGAGGAGCUCGAGAACGAAGAUGUCCGCCUGUGGACCGAGACAAUCUACCAAAGCGCCAGCAUCUUCAAGGGAGCUCCACACGAGCUUCUGAUCGAGAUCAUCGAUGCCUCCUCAGUCAUCACCUGGGACUUUGACAUGUGCAAAGGCGAUGUUGUUUUCAACAUCUACCACUCCAAGCGGGCCCCCCAGCCUACGCGUAAAGACCCCCUGGGACCCCACGGCAUCACCUCCCCAGUAGGCAACAAUGUCCAGCUCAUUGACAAGUCAUGGACGCUGGGGCAAGAUUACAGCAUGGUGGAGUCCCCGCUUAUCUGCAAGGAGGGCGAGAGCGUGCAGGGUUCCCAUAUUACGCGGUGGCCAGGUUUCUACAUCCUCCAGUGGAAGUUCCACAGCAUGCCGGCCUGCGCGGCCACCAACCUGCCCCGAGUGGACGACGUGCUGGCCACCCUGCAGGUCUCCUCACAUAAGUGCAAAGUCAUGUUCUACACUGAGGUGUUGGGCUCUGAAGACUUCAGACUGGCUUGCUGUGAUGUGCAGAGUUUGGGUUCGAUGACCAGCCUGGAGUCGAGCCACAGUGGCUUCUCUCAGCUCAGCGCCGUCACCACCUCUUCCAGCCAAUCACAGUCCAGCUCCAUGAUCUCCAGGUAGGACCUGGACGCUGAGGAUUUCAAUCCUCCACCCACUACCCUUUAUCGUCAACUCCGAAGCCAACUCUCCUCCUCCUGCCCUUCCUCGCCAUCUUUGGACUCUGUUCCUCAUUGCACAGCCAGUCUCUAUGGAACUGAAGCAUGCUUGCACAAACAGAAGACAAAGUAUAAAAAGAAUUUGAGGCAAAGCCCUCCCCUCCCCCUAAGAAAACAGACUGUGUAACAAUUUCAAAGGGCUGAUUUUUUGCACAAAAGUGAUAUAUUUUUUUGUGCCUGGCAUCUCUGCUGGGCAGCAGUUUGAAUCAGAACUUUAGCAGAAUGUUUGUUCGGAAAGGUCGGGAGAUGAAUUGCGGUGCCUUUGUGGCACCAGAAGCUGAAAGAAGCAAUAUUCUCAUCCUUGGAGCUACGGGACUGGAUGAAGACACUGGAGGCGCUGUUACAUAUAUGCAUUUACGUCUACUCCCACACGUACAGUGCUGAGACAACGCAUACCUCAUUCACGUGCGCUCUCUGGAAAAUUGGAUGUGCUGUUACA